AUGGCUUUUAUAUAUACAAUCGAGUUCCAAAAAAGAGGUUUGCCUCAUGCCCAUAUACUUAUUAUUUUAAACGAUGAUAGCAAAAUUGAAACAUCUCAAGCCAUAGAUAAAUUUGUUUGUGCCGAAAUGCCAGAUAAAAUUCUCGAUCCUAAACUUUUUCAGAUUGUUACCCAUUUUAUGAUACAUGGUCCUUUCGGGAUAUUUAACCCCAAAUCGCCUUGCAUGGAAAAUGGCAUAUGUACCAAAAAAUUUCCGAAGGAUUUUCAAAUGGAAACAAGACCAAAUAUUGAUGGGUAUCCAUAUUAUAAAAGGCGAGAUAAUGGUAUUACAAUUCUUUCCGGUAAACCUACGGAUAAUCGUUAUGUUAUUCCAUAUAAUCGAUAUCUAAUGUUAAAAUUCAAUGCUCAUAUUAACGUGGAAAUUUGUACAUCUAUUAAAUCGGUAAAAUAUAUCUUUAAGUAUAUUUAUAAGGGCUAUAACUGUACUAAUGUUGACAUUAAUGUUGCUUCAAAUAUAAAUAUUCAUGACGAAAUUAAAUCACAUUUAAAUGCGCGAUAUGUGAGUGCAUGUGAAUCAAUGUGGAGAUUAUUAGAAAAUAAUAUGCAUGACCGCUCGCACGCUGUUAUUCGCUUAGGAAUUCAUUUACCUUUACAACAGCCAGUAUAUUUCACUGCUGGACAUGAAAGAGAUGCUUUAUUGAGAUCAGAAAAUAAACAUACUACUUUAACGGCAUGGUUUGAGUUAAAUAAGACAGAUCUAAAUGCUAGACAAUAUCUUUAUGGGGAAAUACCUUAUCAUUAUGUGUUUACAAAUUACCAUUGGAAACUAAGAAAAAAACGAUUAAAUGUAAUUUCGAUAAUGUAUUCCGUUCAUCCUAAUUCUGGUGAACUCUUCCUUCGAUUAUUAUUACUUCAUGUUUGCGGGGCUACAAGUUUUGAUUAUUUAAAAACUAUUAAUGGAAUUUUAAUGAGUACUUUUAAAGAGGCAGCUAUUAAAAGAAAUUUGUUAUCAGAUGAUAAAGAGUGGGAAUCAUGCUUAGAAGAGGGAUCAAUAUAUCAAAUGCCGUCACAACUUCGGAGUACUUUUGCCUUUAUCUGA